GUCUAGCACUUGUUUCGAAAAUGCUGCCGCAAAUUAAUACGAAGGCGAUUUUUGUCCGACUCUUCUUCACUUGGCGUCUACUCGGUAUCACUGGUUGGCCGUUUAACAGAUAUCUGCGCAUCGUCUAUGACCUUUGGGUGAACCUCGUUGUCACUUUUGGCUUUACGGGCCAUGUGAUAUUGGGAUUCUUCUUAAGCACCAAUAAGGAUGAAUUCUUCAACAGCCUGGUCAUCAGUGUGGCAUGCAUUAAUAGCGUCAUGAAACAUUACAUUCUACGCUAUUUUAAGCAAGAAAUAUGGGAUCUGAAUGAAAUCAUUUCACAGCUCGACGAUCGCGUCCGCAUCAAGGAAGAUUACGAUUACUACAAGCGUUAUAUAGAGCGACCCUGCAAAUUUAUGAUGCGUUUCUUCUUUAGCUCCUACUCUGCGGUUAGCUUAACAGCUUUAAUGAAUGGCUUAGCCACCGGAGAUCUGCUCUAUCCUGGCUAUUUGCCACUACCAUGGCGCACGUCGGGUUCAGCAUAUGCAGCUUGUGUCAUCUACCAGUUCUAUGGCGUCUCCAUGGAAAUUGUGAAGAAUUUAGGAAACGAUUUAUAUGGACCGCUGAUAUAUUGUUUGCUUUCCGGGCAUGUGCAUUUAUUGGCAAAUCGGGUUUCACGCGUUGCUCACAAUAAUCCGGAGAAUGUGGAGAACAACUAUAGAGAAUUAUGCGAGUGCAUUGAAGAUCACAAAAUGUUGAUGAACAUCAAAACCAAAGUGGAGCGCAUCAACUCGGGCGUUUGUAUGGUACAAUUUUUUGGCGUUGGCGUCAGCCUCUGCAUUGGUCUCAUUUAUUUGCUGUUCUUCGCCGAUAACUUGUUCGCCUACAUUUACUACUCGGUUCAUUCAAUGGCCAUCAUGACCGAGCUAUUCCCGUGUUGCUACUUCGGCAACAUGUUGGAGUGUGAAUAUUACGAUUUAUCUUAUGCAAUUUUCAGGAGCAACUGGACGACGCAGCCACGUGCAUUCAGACGCAAUGUAGUGAAUUUCACAGAGCUGACACUGAAGGAGGUCAACAUGUAUGCCGGCGGCAUGUUUCGUAUAAAUCUCGACACAUUCUUCGCUACAUGCAAGAUGGGAUACUCUUUCUUCACCGUUGUACAGAGCAUGAAGUGAAAGAAAUCGGAAAGUGGAUUAAAACUUAUGAACGCCAAGUCUUUUCUUGUAGUUUUUUGUGCUGAAAACAAUAAAAUUGAGCAACUUU